AUGGUUGGCAAAAUCCCGCCCUCAGGUGUCUGGUGUCCCGCUGUGACGUUCUUCGAUCCCGCAACCGACACCCUCGACCUUCCCAGCCAAAAGAAAUACUACACCUACCUCUCUCAAUCCGGCCUAGCCGGCCUCGUUAUCUUGGGCACAAAUGCAGAAGCAUUCCUCCUAACCCGCGAGGAGCGCGCGCAGCUCAUCGCUGCGGCGCGAGAGGCUGUGGGGCCUGAUUUCCCCCUCAUGGCCGGCGUCGGCGCGCACUCUACCCGCCAGGUACUCGAACAUAUUCGCGACGCAGCGGACGCGGGCGCAAAUUAUGUCCUCGUGCUGCCGCCCGCGUACUUUGGCAAGGCUACGACGCCGUCGGUGAUCAAGUCGUUCUUCACGGACAUCGCCACCAACUCACCGCUGCCGGUUCUCAUAUAUAACUUCCCGGGCGUGUGCAACGGGGUCGAUCUGGAUUCCGAGCUUAUCACGGCACUCGCGAAGCAGAAUGAGAAUAUCGUCGGGGUGAAGCUCACGUGUGCGAGUGUGGGGAAAAUCACGCGGCUGUGCGCGUCGCUGACGCCGGACACCUUUGCGGUUUUCGGCGGACAGGCGGACUUCUUGAUCGGGGGCCUCAGCGUGGGAUCUGCGGGGUGCAUUGCUGCGUUUGCGAAUGUGUUCCCCAAGACCAUUUCGAGAAUAUACGAUUUGUAUAAGAGGGGGGAGGUGCAGGAGGCACUACGGCUUCAUAGAAUUGCGGCGCUGGCGGAGUCGCCGUGCAAAUCGGGGAUUGCGUCGACUAAAUAUGCGGCUGCUAUUUUCUCGGCAAAGAGGGCAGGGAUUGAGGGCGCGGAGGAGAAAUUAAGGCCCCGACGGCCGUAUGAGCCGCCUUCUGAGGCGGCUAAGGAAAAUGUCAGGACGGCUAUGGCGUUGAUGGAGUCCAUCGAGAGUGGAUUUUAG